UUCCGCUCAAAGGAUGGAACGAUCGCGAUGCGUGGGCGACACCAUCCCACUCGGCAAAGCGCCGUGCCGUCACUUGACGCGUGGCGACAUCCUACCUCAUGGCACAGUCUCUUCCCGUGCGAAUAUGCAUGGACACGUCGCUAGCCUGCGACCUGUACCUCUAUAACGACUACGACGACCUCGACGAAUUCGAGCUCGACGUGAUAGCCCAGUUGAGUGCUGCCAAGAUGCCGUUGACCCUCCCCGCAGACCCUCCACUUGUGCUCGACCAAGUCGCGGCCCGUCACGCAAAUCCAUGUACACAACCGGCAGUCCAAGUGGUACCCAUCGACAUGGGUCGUCGGAUUCAACUCGAGUGUGCGGUAUGUCUGGAUGCUGUGCAAGUGCCAACAGCUACCACGUGCGGCCAUAUUUAUUGUCGAACUUGCAUCGUCGAGUCCCUCCACGUGCGAAAAAAGUGUCCCAUGUGCAUGACCAAGCUCACGUUUCGCAACAUUCACCCGCUUUACUUCAAUUGAAUUGUUUCGUUUGGCGUUUACAUCGCUUGGUUGCCCACUCGGUAGGAACCAUCAAAAUCCAAAUGAAGUAGCAAGUCCUGCAGCACAGGC